AUGCCUCGCGAUCCGCUAAUUGGGCUUGUUGGAAAGCCAUCUUCUGGAAAAUCAACGACAUUAAACAGCUUAACAGAUGCCUCAUCCAAAGUUGGGAAUUUUCCAUUCACGACGAUUGACCCGCAGCGCGCUAUUGGAUAUCUACAGGUAGACUGCGCUUGCAGCCGAUAUAAUCUACAGGACCGAUGCAAGCCCAAUUAUGGCGGAUGCCACGAGGGCCGUAGAUCAGUGCCAAUUGAACUUCUAGAUGUUGCCGGUCUUGUGCCGGGAGCCCACGAAGGAAAAGGCCUUGGAAAUAAGUUCUUGGAUGACCUGCGGCACGCAGACGCAUUGAUACAUGUCGUUGAUGUCAGUGGGACAACUGAUGCUGAAGGAAAGGUCACCAGGGGGUACGACCCGUCCCAGGAUAUUGUUUGGUUAAAAUCCGAAAUCGUUAGAUGGAUAGAAGGAAAUCUAAUGGAUAAAUGGGGUUCAAUCAAGAGAAAACAUAUUGCAACAAAGUCCACUGCUGUCGAGACUUUGCAAACACAAUUUUCGGGGUAUGGAAGUACAUCGAAGAUUGUUGCAAGAUGCCUUGACCGAAUAAAUUUGAAAGAGCCGCUGGAAGAGUGGUCAAACGAGACUAUCUCGAAAGUUGUUGUUGCUUUUAUUGACGAAAAAUUUCCGACUGUUAUCGCACUUAAUAAAAUCGAUCACCCGGAUUCAGAUAAGAAUAUUAGCAAGAUCGCCAAACAGGAAGAUCCUAAAUCAAUUGUCCUCUGCUCUGCCAUCUCCGAAGUAUUCCUAAGGAAGUUGACAAAACAAGGGUAUAUUAAAUAUAUAGAAGGGAGCGAAUUUGUGGACACACGGGAAGACCUGAUAGCAAUGGGUGACCCUGACGGCGGAGGCCUGAAGGAAAUGGACGAAAAGCUAAAGAAUCGUGUUGAGAAUUUGAAAGAUCUCGUUCUCUAUCGAUUUGGGUCUACUGGAGUCGUACAGGUGCUAUCGCGCGCUGCUGAACUACUAGGGCUGGUCCCAGUUUUCCCGGUACGAAAUGUUCACACGUUUGCAUCUGGUGCGACAGGAAAUGCGGUAUUCAGAGACUGUGUUCUAGUCAACAAUACAGUGGGGGAUGUAGCCAGGAAGGUCAUGGGAGAUGUCCCUAUUGCCUUUGUAGAAGGCGCGGAGGGGACGAGGAUCUCCGAAGACGAAAUUGUUUCAAUCGGAAGACAUGACGUGAGUACCCCUGAUUCAUAUUGA